AUGAACUCACCAUUAAGAUUACCUGUUCUGAUCACAGGUUUGGCUACUACUUUGGCCUUUACAAUCUGGUGGAUAAGAAAACCAUCAACUGUUUGGAAUACUUAUGAUUCAAAAGUGAUCCUCCCAAUCAAAACAGAAGAUGGAUUAUCAGAACUCAAUCCAAGUUGGAUCUCUAAUGCUCUGUAUUUAUUAUUCCUGGAUCCACAAAAACCGAGACCAGAUCAGAUCAUGAGCACAAGUGGACUGAUACGAUCUCAUCAUCAUCGUCUAGCUACUCGAUUCGACUGUAAAGUAGGAGACGCUCAAAUUAGUACUCGAGACGAAUUACCUUUGGCGCCGAUCCUCAUCAAAUCUCAACAGGGAGAGUCCGAUCAAAGGGGUCAGGAUAGAUUGUUAUUUGGUCUUACUCUUUCCAAAGAACUCGAUGGAUCCGAUCGAAAUUUCAGUCGUUACCAACAAUCGAAUAGCACCACACUGAUCAUCAAAAGAGAACUAGAAGCACCAGUGCUCAAAAAACGAGAGGAGAUGAAAAGUUUAAGUCAAAGACUAGGAUCUCAAUUUGAUAUUAAAGAUCCACUUUGGCCAAAACAAUGGCAUACAGCUAAUGAUGAACUUUGUCAACAUAUAAUCAAUGUAACGGAUGUUUGGGCAAGUGGGAUCACGGGCAAGCACGUUGCUCUAGCUAUUGUGGAUGAUGGAUUAGCUAUGACUUUGGAUGAUCUAAAAGUUUGUGCGGCUAAUAUGGUGGUUACUUAUUCAUCUGGUUCGGGUGAUGAUAUUGUUAUGAAACAAUUCAUUAUCUUUGUUUCUUGGAACUGA